AUGGAGUCUAGAGCAUUUUGCCUGAUGCUGUGCUGUUUUAUCAAUGUCUGCAACUUUCAUCCAAUUAUUCGUCCCAGUAAUGGACUCAGUAAGUGUCAUAAAAAAUCAUCUCUCCCAGCACUGGAGGUUCUACCAGGAGGAGGCUGGGAUAACUUGCGCAACAUAGACAUGGGCCGGGUGAUGAAUCUGAGUUAUUCCCAGUGUCAGACCACAGAAGACGGAGUCUAUCUCAUUCCAGAUGAAGUCUUUGUCAUUCCACAGAAAGUGAGCGGAGUGGAAACAAACGCUGAGAUCAUCAUUUCAUGGCUGGAACCAAAAAGCUCAACUUCAAGCUCCAUCAAUGCAGAUGCUUCCUUUCUUUCAGUGCUCAAUGGAAAAUUCUCAGAAGAAAACCGACGUAUCAAAACCCACCAAGUGAGAGAGGGUUCUGUAACAACACAGCUUCAGGUCCGUAACCAUCUGUACACAGUAAAGGCGUAUCCUGACUUCACUCUGGACUCCCGCUUUGCUCAACGGGCGAAGAAAAUUGCAGAUGCUAUUGAAAACAAUCAAACUCGUCAAGCAACAUAUCUGUCAGAGAAACUCAUUCUUGAUUAUGGCACCCAUGUCAUCACAAGUGUUGAUGCUGGUGCCAUUUUGGUGCAAGAGGACUAUUUAAAAAAGACUUUUUUUUCAAAAGGUCAGUCAGAUAUGUCUUCUGUUUCUGUAGCAGCAGGCUUAAACUUUUUUGACAAACUUAAAUUAGAUAUUAGAAGCGAAGUAUCCCAAGAAAAUUCUAAACUGCAAAGUUAUCAGGGUAACAUUACAUAUUCUUUAACUGAGAGCCAUGGAGGCGCUUUAUUCUACCCAGGCAUCACUCUGCAGAAGUGGCAAGAGAGUACACUUAAUAAUUUGGUGGCUAUUGACCGCUCCGGUCUGCCGAUUCACUAUUUUCUGAAUCCAUCAACAUUCCCAGACCUCCCAGUACCAACAGUAAAUAAAAUAGCUUUAUCAGUUCGUAAGGCUGCAGAGCAAUACUAUAAAGUAAAUACCAUUCCAGGUUGUGUAAAUCCAGAUUCCAAAAACUUUGACUUUCAGGCAAAUAUAGAUGAUGCAUCUUGUGAGGGUCCAGUCACCAAUCUUAGCUUUGGUGGCGUUUACCAACAAUGCACUCCAUUAACUUCAGAUGGAAAUACCAUCUGUGAUAAGACAGCACAGAAAAACCCUGCUACUGGUGAUUAUUCUUGCCCUCCACUUUACUAUCCCACCUUAUUACACACUGAAACAAUAGAAAGAGGUUAUAAUAAUUAUGAGUGUUCCAGCGACUGUGACAAUUGUGGUUUCUUAUGGUUGUCUACUUGUUGUGACCAAACAUGUGGUGAUGCUUACCGUGUCCAUCGUGCAAAGGUUGAAACUUACUGGUGUUCCUCAUCUCAGAAAAUCCCUGAGUUCUCUGGAUAUCUUUUUGGAGGUUUGUUUGGACCAGGCAUGCAAAACCCACUGACCAAAUCUAAUAGCUGUCCUCCAAACUACUUAACCCAACGUUUUUUGUCUAAUGGCAUGAUGGUUUGUAUGAGCACUGAUUAUAAGGCUGGAACAAGAUUCUCUGUGCCUUUUGCUGGUUUCUUCAGCUGCCAAUCUGGCAACCCUCUUGCAAAGAAUCUAUCUUGUUGUCCACCUCAGUUCAGCCAACAUCUUGCUGCUGUUAGUGAUGGCUGUCAGAUAUUGUACUGUGUCCAGUCCGUAGUGUUCACUAGUGGUGAGUUAAAGCCUAUCCGCCUCCCACCAUUCACAAGACCACCACUGUUUGACAUGAUUGUGACAAACACUGUAGCUGUAAUGACUGAAGGUCAUCGUUCUUGGGUGAGAGUUGGAGAAACUGAGAUGUGGAGACUGGCAAAGCCUGGUGAAAUUAAUCAAAUAGCACCAAAGUUUGAUGCAUCAACUUCUUCUCAGAUGUCUGGAGGAGAAAAAGCUGGUGUAGCCAUUGGUGUAAUGAUUCUGGUUGUCCUUGUGAUCGCAGUGUUUAUAAUGAAAAGGAGAAGGAUGUCUUCUGCAGAGCUCUGAACUUGUUCAAGGAACAAAAACAAAAACUGUAAACAAACAAAAUUUUUGCCAGAAAUAGAAACUAAAUCCCAUUUAAUAGUUCAGAACAGAAAUGCUUAUUUGAAAUGGGCAUUAACAUAAUGUUUUUUUAUUGUUCUGUUUAGUAUUGUAAUUUUUUUUAUCAACCAAUCAUGAAUUCAAAUAGUGUGGCCUAUGCAAAUGUGAUGUUGGCUAAUUGGCUUUUUUUUUUUCAAAUGAAAUCAUACUUUAAGCUUUGAUCUUUUACAAUUGACUAUGCAUUAAAUUAUGCUUAAGCAUAUUAUAAUAUAUAAUAGUAUAAAAUGAUAAUAAAAUAAACUGUGUAACAGUAAAGGUUACACAACUUUAGCAAAACAGUUUGUGUUUACUGCAAUGUAUAUUUGUUUAAAUAUGUCUAGAUACUUUGAAAAAUAAAGUUGCUUUGAAAUGAAGCUGGUAAAAUGUUUUCAGUAAUUAAGAUGCAACAACAUCAUCCUAAAGUGGUCAUAUGACAUUGCUAAAAAGAACAUUAUGUUGUGUAUUUUGUUUAAUACAAUGUGUUUAUGAGGUUUAAGUAAAAAAAAAUCCACAUUAUUUUCCACAUAAUGUACAUUAUUGUUGCUUCUCUAUGCCCCACCUUUCUGAAACAGUCGAUUUUUACAAAGCUCAUUGUUCUGAAAAGCGAGGUGUAUGCUGAUUGGCCAGCCAUCCAGUGCAUUUUGAUUGGCCGAAUACCUCAAGUGUGUGACGGAAAUGUUACGCCCCUUACCAUACUGUGAUGCUGUGUCCUGAUGAGACAAAAACAAUAAAACCCAUUAU